AUAAUAAGUCAAACUGAGUGAGCUGGAAGCAUCGCCCGCAUAACUUUUCGAAAGACUGGAGCGAGUGUCGUCAGGACACGACACUCAUCCCCAGUCUCUCCCGCUAACAUUCCAAGAUGGAGGACAUUUGUAGCCAGCUUGACCAACUCACGAUUGAAUUUUUCGACAUUCUCGAACGACUUCACGAGAAGAGAGAAUAUCUGAACGAUGCAAUAAGAGAUGGCCAUCUCAACUUGUCAAAGGCGCGUUAUUCAAUGGGAAACAAGUCCGUGGGAGCUUUGCAAUACAGUCAUAAAAUGGACCAUGCCUUGUAUCACAUUGGAGGUGUUUACUCCGAAGAACAAUCAGAGGACACCUGUAUGGCAUUUGAGCUGAAGAAAUCUGCGCCUGGAAAAGUAAUGGAAACUUUAAAAGCUGAUAUUGAUGAAAAGGAUGAGGAGAGAAACGUUCUCAGGAGGCGAAAACCACAAAAAUCGGACAGUUUGAACGAUGAAAUUACAGGCAUUGAGGAAUUGAGUCUUUCCAAAGGGGAAAAAUUACCAUUAGAAAGUUCCAGUAAUGGCUUUGUACAAGAUCCCCUUAAAUGGUUUGGAAUUUUGGUUCCUGGAUGUUUAAGAACGGGUCAAAAGAACUUUCAGAGCGCCAUUGAACUAAGCUGUGAGAUGGUAAACCUCGAAAUCAAGUUGAAAGAAAUAAUACAGAAGUUUAAGGCUUUAAAAACUCGUAAAAGAGAACUCAUUUUCGAGGAAAGUAAAAAGUCCCAAGAUGUUGAGGCUUAAGAUUUAUCUUUCCAGAAGGAAAGCAGAAUUUAUUUUGUAAUUAAUCAGCUAUUUGCUGUUAACUUGAUGUAGCCUUUAUGUGGUUAAAUAUUCAUGUGUGUUCAGGUACCAAAAAGAAAAAAAAAUUAAUCUUUAGGUAGAGGAAGUAAAUUGUGCUUGAAAUUAAGGGUUAACUGCCCUAAAUUCUCCAGUAUAGUAUCAAACUUAAUUUCAUAUAUUUGCAUACAUGCAUUUAAUGACUAGAUGAGAAUCUAGUGUAAAAUUUCAAGAAUCCUAAUUAGUAUCCUCAGGGACAAGAGACUGGUACAUGUAGUGGAAAACUAAUAAUAAAAACAUAAGCCAAA